AUGCCGUACAAUACGCGCCGCAAGUCGCUCUCCCUGCUCAGUUUGGGCAUCCACAUCCCCGUCACCCACGCCGCUCGUGCUGCAUCCAAGAGCGCUGCCCGACAUGCUUCGUCGUCGGCGUCUGUCCCCUCGGCAUCCCCUCCUGCAGACGCCCGUUCGCACUCACCCGAGUCGCAUCCCAGCAAGCGCUACAAGAGAUCCCACGCUGCCGACACGGCCGUCGAGCAGACGCCGCCGCCUUCGCCCCCUCCCGCCGCUGGUCUGGACGCGUCUAGCCAGAGGCCCAAGAUUGUUCUCGAGGGCAUCAACGACGACAUUGUCGAGGCGUCCAUCCUCCAGCUGCAGUCGACCGCGAACCGGCCCCAUCUCAUCAAGGAGCUGGCGACCGUUCUAUCCCAGAAGCUGUCGUCUGUGCAACAAUCUGCAAAUCCGUGCGCCAUCAUCUCCUCUCGCCUUGCCUCCUACAUGAAGCGACCUUGCUGGUCUGCUCUGGCACCCUGCCCGCUAGCCAAGGAGCUCGAGACAGUUCACCCACGCCGAACCUACUUUUUCCUCACCACAUACCCCCGGCAGCCGCUUCCCGACCCCAGCGUCACACGAGCGGUUCAUCCUGCCAUGAUUACCCCGUCCGUCUCUCUUACCGAUGACUCGGGAUCCGACGACGUCGAGGCCCGCCGGAGAGAACUAAGUCCAUCGCCCGAGGUCGACCUCUCAUCGCCAGAGUUUGACGAUGGCGAUGAUGACUUCGCUGAUUUCGCCAUGCCCAUGACCCCCAUCGGGUCAUUCAAGCCCCGCUACCUGAGGCAAUCCCGGGACAUGCGACACGACUCGCCGCCGCUGGAAAAGGACGAGCGCGAAUUCACGCAAACGGCCGACGUGCUGCAGAAACGCAAACUCAGCGACGAGCUGCCCAUCCCGGACACCAUGGACCGUAAUUCAGCCAUGGAGUACGGAUUCCGGGACGACAUUUGGUUUGGUGAAACCCGAACCGCCACCGCUGCUACCUUUAUCACGAGCCCCGCCAUGAAGCCGAGCGUCAUGUCAACCUUGCGCAAAGAGGACGACGCCGACGCGUGGCUCAAGAUCAACAAAAUGUUUGAGUGGGAUCAAAGCGCCGAGAGCAUUGAGAUUGACGAGCUCGACUGUCUUCUAGAGGGAUGCUAG